AUGUCCGCUCCCGCUUCCGCCGCACCGCGUCGCUGGUUCGUUGCCGGCGACUUCAACGGCUUCUUCGGCCUGGUCGUCGACAACCUCUCCAUCCUCGGCUUCAUUGCCAUGGCCCUGGUCGGCAUCUUCCAGUUCCCCGCCGACGUAGUGUUCGGCCGCAUGUUCCCCGGUACCGCCUUCGGCGUGCUGGUCGGCAACCUGCUGUACACGCUGAUGGCGCGACGGCUGGCCGCGCGCACCGGCCGCGACGAUGUCACCGCCAUGCCGCUGGGCCUGGACGCGCCGACCAGCAUCGGCAUGGCCCUGCUGGUGCUCGGCCCGGCCUUCAUCGCCUUCAAGCAGCAGGGCCUGGACCCGCAUGCCGCCGGCAUCGCCACCUGGCAGCUGGGCAUGGCCGCGCUGGUCAUCAUGGGCCUGCUGAAGUUCGUGCUGUCGUUCUUCGGCGAAGCGGUCACCCGCGCGCUGCCACGUGCCGCGCUGCUGGGGUCCAUCGCCGGCAUCGCGCUGGGCAAGCUGCCGGUGCGUGGCCCGGGCGUGCUGCUGGCCUUCGUGUUCGGCACCGUGCUGUAUUACGGCCUGGGCCUGGCAGGGCUGGGCGCGCCGGGCUUCCAUGUGCCGGCGUGGGUGCCGCCGCAGGUGGUGCUGCCCGCUGCCGACGCUGGGUUUCCUUGA